GAUAUAAACACGUAGCGCCGCCGCCCUCUUGUGGCGGAGCGAGCGAACUGCGAGUUUUGUUCAGGAUGAUGAUGAGCCCUGUGGCAAGUGAGAACGGGCAGGCAGAGCGCCUCAGUACACACGAGAACCUGCUGCUGAAGGCCGUCGGAGUCGUGCGUUGUAAAUUAUGUACAUAAGUUACUGACAUUAUUCGGGUACACAUGAAUGGCCAGUCGCACAACUUGGAGCCAACACACCGAGCAGCGAGUGGGGAAAUCUGUGAACCAGCGGCAAGCAUCGUCUGAACUGGAACACGUACACCAAGUGCUCUCUGCCUGUCUCUCACACACAGACCGAGGCUCGACGGCUCCGGUGGGGAUUUUCAAGCCGACAGCACCGCGGCAAGCGUAUAAAAUGUAAAGAGCUGAACAAACGAACCCGCGACUUUUUUUCUAAAGCUUUUUGUAAAUGUAUUUUUUCAGUGGGUGUAAAAUAAUUUUGUAGGCAGAAAAGCCCUUUGUAAAAUAUCGUGUAAUAACGUUUGUAAAUAGCAAUAGGAAUAAUAAUUAAUAAGAAAAAAAAUUCAGUUAUCAGUGAGAUAGCUAGCUGACUAGCUCGUUUUUUUUUUUAAAAAAUAUAUCGCUGGACCGACGAGCUACGAUGUUGCAUUUGGGGCUUACUUGAAGAUAUUCACACAACAGCAGUUUGAAAGAAAAACACUGCAGCUUUCCGGACAGACUUGAUAAAACUCCCGGUUUUAGUGUGUGUUUGUAAGAGCCGGGAGACGCGUGGUUUUCUUUGAUUAGUACUGCACCUGCGUGGGUUCUGAAGAAAAUGUAGGAUAUGGUGAGGAGGAAAGUGAGGACAGAAACUAUUCUCCAGCACCUGUGGUCUCAUCCUCCUGUGCUACUGUAAAGCUUUUUUUAAAAAAAAAAAAAGGAGAGGAAAAGAACGGAGGAAAAGUGGGAGAGGGUCGCCAGUUUGGCCAAAGAGGGGCAUCAGUCAUCUGCAGCACUGGAAGAACAAUCUGACAGACUAGAAGGGGUGAGUGGGUGACCACAGAAAGAGAGAGAGACGGGGACUGACGGAGGAGCAAAGGUUUGGAGGAGGAGGAGGAGGAGGUCUAGCAGGGGUGGGAAAGGUCAUUCCCCAUGGCUACUGACCCAGGAGAGCCCACAGGCACCGAGGACUCCUCGGAGAAACCUGAUGGACAGAGGGAGGAGGACACGGAGCUGGAGGGCAGGGCCAACCAACAGAGGGAGAGGACACGCAGCACCCCCUCAGACCUCUCCUCCUCCCGGACUGAGGAGAGGAGAGCGACAGGAGGAGAGGAUGGAGGAAUCCGAGGAGGAGGAGGAGGAGGGGAAGCCACCAAGGAGGGCGAGGAGACCAUAGUCAAACCGAUUUCAAUCUCCGCGCCCUCCUUACCGGCGGACACUGGUCAGAAACGACUGAGGAGGGAGAAGCGCUUCUUCAGGAAGAGUGUUGAGAUUUGCGAGGAGGAUGAUGAGGUGGAGGUGGCCCCCGAGGCGCCCCACAGUGCCCCCCACCUGGAGUUGCGUUCCACGGACUCAGUCUUCACCGGCGGUGCCCAGCAACAAGGGGCUGCUUCGUCCUGCGCUGCCCUGGGCCAUGACCCGUCUUGUCCCAGCUCCAGCCAGGAGCCUGGCAAGGACCCUCCAUCCUCCACACCCACCCAGAGGGGGAAGGAGAGGGACCGUGAGCAGGAGGAGGAGGCAGAGAUGAAGGCUGUGGCCACCUCUCCUGGAGGCAGGUUCCUCAAGUUUGACAUUGAACUGGGCAGAGGAGCCUUCAAAACUGUGUAUAAAGGCCUGGACACAGAGACUUGGGUGGAGGUGGCUUGGUGUGAACUGCAGGACCGCAAGCUGACCAAGGCGGAGCAGCAGCGCUUCAAGGAGGAGGCCGAGAUGCUGAAGGGGCUUCAGCACCCCAACAUUGUCCGCUUCUAUGAUUCCUGGGAGUCUGUUCUCCGUGGGAAGAAGUGCAUCGUACUGGUCACUGAACUCAUGACUUCAGGAACACUCAAAACUUACCUUAAGCGCUUCAAGGUGAUGAAACCCAAGGUCCUGAGGAGUUGGUGUAGACAAAUUUUGAAGGGCCUUCACUUCCUUCACACCAGGACUCCUCCAAUUGUCCACCGGGACCUCAAGUGUGACAACAUCUUCAUAACAGGCCCCACAGGAUCAGUCAAGAUAGGCGACCUCGGCCUGGCCACCCUGAUGAGGACCUCCUUUGCCAAGAGUGUCAUAGGAACACCAGAGUUUAUGGCUCCAGAGAUGUAUGAAGAACACUAUGACGAGUCUGUGGAUGUUUAUGCCUUUGGGAUGUGCAUGUUGGAGAUGGCUACAUCUGAGUACCCCUACUCUGAGUGCCAAAAUGCAGCUCAGAUCUAUCGCAAAGUUACAAGCGGUAUAAAACCAGCCAGCUUUGAUAAAGUAAAUGACCCAGAGAUAAAAGAGAUCAUCGAAGGCUGUAUUCGUCAGAACAAGAGCCAGAGACUCUCCAUAAGAGACCUUCUGAACCAUGCAUUCUUUGGAGAGGACACAGGGGUCCGGGUCGAGCUGGCAGAGGAGGACACAGGCACCCAGGACUGUCUGGCUCUCCGGAUUUGGGUUGAAGAGCCUAAGAAGCUGAAGGGGAAGCACAAAGACAAUGAGGCCAUCGAGUUCAGCUAUGACCUGGAGAAUGAUAGCGCUGAGGAGGUGGCUCUAGAGAUGGUGAAGUCAGGUUUCUUCCACGAGAGCGAUGCCAAGGUGGUAGGAAAAUCCAUCCGGGACCGAGUAAAUCUCAUCAAAAAGUCACGGGAGCGUCGACAGCAGCAGCUUCUCCAGCAGCACCAGGGCUUUGAAGAGAGAAGAGACUCUGCUCUUACCUCCUACACCUUUUCUCAUCCAUCCUGCUUGUCCUCACUGGGGCCAGUGGCCACCGGACAGACUGGAGGAGGAGCAGGAGGAGGGGCAGGAGGAGGAGGGCAGGAGUCUGAGGAACUGCCUGAGGUGGACCAGCAUGUCAGACAGCAGCAUAUUUUCAGUGGGACAGCCCUUAGUUUGCCAGAAGGUGAGAGCAUUGGGUCUGCCAGCUGUGAAUCUUAUGCAAGUGGACAGAGCCAGGCGUACUCUCAGCAAGGGGAGUCAUACACCCACUCCCAGACUGCUCUCCCCCCUACAGCAUCUGGCACCGGAGCAUUGGCUCAUCCUCAAAUGCUCCCCACUGGCGAGGGUGGAAGCGUUCCGAAUGUGCCUCUUGGUCAGAGUGUUAGUAUGUCCAGCAUGUCCAUAGGCCAAAGCGGAGGGGGACCUGUCAGUCAGACAUUUCUUCAGCCCAGUUCCAUGGUUGCGCAGGUAUCACCAAGUGUACCUCAACAAUAUUUUCAGUCACAAACAUUCCCAUCAGAUACAUUUCAAACUGCCACUCCCCACGGGUCAAUGGCCCCCUCACAGUCAUACAUACCCCCUGUUUCCCCACAAGCACCCAUUAAUGUCCUCACUACAUCCAUGUCAGUUGGUGAUCCCGCUGGACUAACGGGGACCAUUGUGCCGCUCGCUCAGCAGACCCAACCCCCUGCCACUCCCAUGCAGCUCACUGACAUCAUUCCCCAGGCAGCACCCCAGCAAACACAGCCUGUCAUGAUCCCUCAGCAGACUAUUGUCCAACAACAACAGAUAGGGAUGGAUCCCCAGGCCUCCACCCUUCAGCAGCAGCCACAACAGAAAAUGGAGGCCCAGGCCACUGUGCUCGAACAAGUUAGUGCCACUCAACCACCAGCGGAACAGCAGCAACAGAGCCUUUCAGCUACAGUUGUCCAGACGCAUCAACAUGAGCCUCAACAGCAGAUCUAUGUACAGCAGCCUGUUCCACUUGUCCAGCCAACUCCUCAGCAGCAGUUGUUACCUACACAAAGAGGUAUGGAACAGCGAGCUAUGUCAUUACCGCAGCCAGGGGAGCAACCUCAGGCUUAUAAACAGCAUCCAGUAGGGGAUCCUCAUGAGCAGGCCGCGAUGCAAUCUCAGCAACUGCAACAACAGCUUCAGCAACAGCAAACUCUGAUACAGCAGCAGCAGCAGCAACAAGCUUUACUGCUCGAGCAACAUCAGAUGUAUGUCCAGCAACAGCUUGAUCAGCAGCAACAAAAAGCAUUGCUUCAACAGCAGCAGCAGCAACAAGCCCAACUACAACAGCAUCAGCUGGAGCAGCAGCAGGCACUUUUACACAAGCAAUUUCUGGAUCAACAGCAGCAGGCUCUUAUUCAGCAGCAACAGGAACAGCAGCAGCAUCCACAAGGUCUUGUACAACAACAGCAGCAAGCACUUUUACAACAGCAAUUAGAACAACAACAUCAACAGCCUCCCUCACAGCAACAGCAGCAGAGCCAGUUAUAUCAACAAAUUGGACAACACCAAGCUGGAGCACAAAAAGAACCAGAGAAGCAGCAGCAAAGUGGACAACAUCAACAACAAAUUGUAUUGCAGCAGCAACCCCAGCAGACUCAACAGCAAAAGGAACAACAGUUGCAGCAGCAGGCCUUACUCCGACAAAUGGAACAACAACAGCAGCAAGCUCUGAUACAGCAGCAUUUGCAACAGCAGGCUAUUUUACAACAGCAGCAGCUCCAGCAGAAAGCUCAGCUACAGCUACAGCAACAAGAGCAGCAACAAAUGCAACUCAAGCAGCAGAUAGAACAGCAGCAGCAAGCUCUGUUGCAACAACAAUUAGAACAACAGCGUCAACAACAAGUCCUGUUACAGCAACAACAAGCGGAACGAUUACAGCAACAGGCUCUGAUACAGCAACAGAUUCAAGAGCAGCAGCAGCAAGCUGCCAUCAUUCAGCUUCAGCAAACUGAAAAACAAGAGGCCGUCCCUAUUCCACAAAGUAACAGUGAGCAGCAGAUUCAGCAGCAGCCAACUGAUAUACAACAUGUGUGUAUCCAACAACUGAACACCACUCAGUUUACACCUCAUGCCGCUCUCACGCAGCAACAAGUGAUAGAGCAACAACAGCAAGCAGUAUUGAUCCAGCAGCAGAAAGCAUUUGUUGGCCAGCCACCGCUCCAUACCUCUGUAAUGGAACCUCAUAUCCCAGUCGGAGCUCCAGUCAGCAAUGAGGUGAUUCAGCACCAAACUCAAACUGUCCCACAGGCCCAGGUACCCAUGGCCAUUCAGACCACACAGAUUCCUCUUCAGACAUCUGCUGUUCUCCCAGGUCAAGUCUUUACCCAGCAAGGACAAAAUGAGGCUCAUCCCCAGAACCAGGGCCCAUUUAUAGCCCAGUCCACAGCCAAAGCAGCUCAGGCUAUGAUUGAUGCCCAAGUAACUCCUCCAGCAGCAAUGAUCCAGGGACAGACUCAAGUCAUCCAGAAUCAACAAAUUCCUUUGCAGACUAGUUACCCAGGACCUGUCACUCCCGCACAGAGCCAGGUAACUGCUCAGACGUUAAUCCAGACUCAGCCUCUGCACCCAACAAUUGCUCAGUCCCAGCAACCACAUGGCCAGGGCCCAACUGUUGACAUUCAGAUGAUUGGCCAACAAAGCCAAGCUGCUGUCCAGCCUCCAGCUGCAAUUGCUCCUAUUCCCAGUCAAAUCCAACACGAGUCUCUUGUUCAGCAAAACACUCAAAUGCCAGGGCUCAUGCAUCCCCAGCUCCAGCAGCAAACUCAAGGCCAGCCACCUAGCCAGCUGCAUGCUCAGACGGCUGCUGGCCUUUUGACCCCUCAGUAUGUCCCUCAGCUUACCCACCAGGCCAUGCCAUCUGUACAACAGGAUAUGACUCAUAUUACACAACAGCAGCAGCAACAGCAGCCAGUGCUGCAGUAUCAGCAGAUGAUUCUGUCUCCUGGCUCAGCUGGUGUCGGAACUAAAACAGACAGUCUCAGCUCUGUAGUUGACCCUGCAAACUUUGUUGCAUCUCCUCAUCCUGCACAGCAAGCUGGCCAAGCCUAUGUUCCAGGCCAAGUUGUCCAGGCCCAGCAGCAGCCCCUAGGAAGCGCUACUGACCCUUCAGUUAUUCAGCCCAUCUCCCAGCAUGCUAUGCCUCAGUCUACCGAGCAAUACCAGCAACAGCUGCAGAAGCUUUCUCAAGCGCAUCAACCGCUAGCUCCACCUCCUCCGCAAGCUCAGUUACUGGCACAGCCCAUCACAACUCCCCUCCAGCAACCACCUCCCAUAAAGCAAGCUUUGAUACCCCUUGAUGAGAGUCAGCUGCCCCCACAGAGUCCACCUGCUUCGCAUCUGGUGACCCAUCCUCCUGCACAGAUAGUCUCCAGUAAUGUAGCUGAGCCUCAGUCCCAGAGCAGGACCCUCCCCCUCUAUAGUCAUCUAGGAGCAGGCACCACUCCAUCUCCUCAGCACCAGGCCAAGCAGAUGCUGCCGGCUCAUACACACACACAAACCAGCAUCCAGGCCCAAACACACUCCCAAACACAAACACACAUUCAGACACAAGCUCAUUCCCACACUCAGACACACACCGAGACACCUAUUGCUGAACAGCCUGUUCUGCCCAAUGCUGUCUUUCCUGCACAACAAAUGCCCCUCAGCCCCUCUCAUACCUCCUGUCCUCCAACAUCACUACCAUCUCUCCCAUCCCACCAUCCUGCUGCUGCCCCUGCUCCAGAGCUGCCUACAUCUCCGCCAGUGGCCCAGGUAACCUUACCGGGGCAGGCCGACUUUAUCCCCACCUCCCCUCCGCCUGUCACUACUCUACAAUCGCUUGAUUCUAAUGCCCCCAAACUGCCCCAAGCCUCGCUGCAAGACUGUGACCUUUCCCUGCUGGGCAUUGCUCAGGAUGGGCCAUCUGUACUUUCAAGUACAGAACAUCAUUCUUCUUCAGGGUCUGUUCCUGCUAAUGGAGAAGAAACUCUUCAGCUCCUGGCCAAUGGGAAGUUAGAGAAAUUAAAAACUCAAAGAAGAGCUUCCUGUCAGAGGCCUGAGAAAGUUUCCCAUCAGUUUCAACUGAGCAUGCUCCAGGUGUCCGGCAGCGGGGACAAUAUGGUGGAGUGCCAGCUGGAGACCCAUAGCAACAAGAUGGUGACAUUUAAAUUUGACAUUGAAGGAGAUGCACCUGAGGACAUAGCAGAUUACAUGGUGGAGGAGGACUUUGUCCUUGAUGUGGAGAAAGAGAAAUUUGUCGAGGAGCUUAGAGCAAUAGUUAAGAAAGCCCACGAACUUCUUCAAACACAUUCACAGACUGGAUCAACUGACCAGUUACAUGUGAGCACUCCCACUAGCUCAACAACGGACUCGGUGCCACAUUCCUCCCCAGUGGGACGCUGGCGCUUUUUUAUCAACCAGACUAUUCGCCAUAGAGACUCUCUUUCCAGCCAGGGAGCAGUCACGCCACCACCAACUACAGAGACAAGGAUACCCCAGUCUCCUAAAACAGAAAAAGCUGUAGAAAGUGAAGGAUCCCAGACUCUGGAGUCCUUGACUGGAAUGGCCUCUUCCCCCCACCCCACCCUUUCUGCCACCUCCCCUCCAGUCUCCACUAUCUCAGCCCCUGCCUCCAUGUCCCCCCCAGCCACCGCUGCCCAUGCUCCUCACACCACUGCCUCUGAAAGCAUCUCUGCACCAGCCUCCACACUUGAAGCCUCUCUCCCUGUCACUGCUUCAGGUGGUGCUGAGCUGCCAGUACUCACCUCAGCUUCUGCUGACCAAAUUUCCAGUGCUCCCUCAUCCAUUGCAAUACCUGUUGCUGCUAACCUCCCCACCUUGUCUGCUUCUCCCACUGUUGUGUCUCCCACACCCACCAACGUUCUUCCUGAUAUCCUCACUUCUCCUGGAACCAGUGCUUGCUCCACUGUUGGCCAAAGUAUAGGCGAUACAGUGAUAUCUGCUCCAAGGUCAUGUGUGUCUGCUGCAGACCAGUCCUCAACCUCUUUUCAUUCCCCUCCUCCUGCUACUGCAGUGGGCUCUUCAGUGGUAAGCCAACUUGGCAUGGAGCAGCAGCAGACACCUACCCAGGUGGCUAAACCAGUCCCACAACAACCACAACCACAGCCUCAGCUACAGCCUCAGCUACAGCCUGCAUUACAGCAGCAGGUACCAGCAGCUCAGCAGCAACUGCAGGCAAUGCAGCUUGAACAACAGGCACAACAGAUACAGCAGGCAACACCACAACAACAGCAAUCACAACAUCAAGUGUACCAAGAACAAAUUCAGCUGCAGCAGGAACAAGCUCUACAACAGUCUCUCCAGCAGUUACAACAACAGCAACUCAUACAGAAACCAAUACCACUUCAACAACAGCUGACUGAGGUGCAGGCGUUGCCUCGGGCAGGUCACACAGAGGUGUUAAAACAGCCUGUGCCUCUGCAGCAGUUUCUGCCACCGGUGCCCCUGCAGCAGACCCAACAACCUCUUCUUCAACAGCAAGCAACUCAGUACACCCCACAGUUGCUGCAACAGCCUCAGUUACAGCAGUUACCAGCAGCAGGUUAUGGCUCCAUAGCUGCCGUAGUGCCGCAGCAGCAGGCCCACGUUGAUCACCAGCAACAGCAACAGUUAAACCUGCAACAGUCAAUACAAUUACAGCAACAGCAAAUGGCGCAACAGCAGCUACAGCAGCAGCAACAUCAGCUGUUUAUGGGUGCUGUGGCUUUAAAGCCAGAACAAAGCCAAAAGUUGCCCAUGUCAAUCAGUCAACAGUUUCUUCAACAACAGGCACAGCUAAAUGUUAGCCCUGUACCACAACAGCAGAUCCCACAACAAACCCAAAUCCCCUCUGAGCUGUCACAACAACAUAUACAGUCACAGAAACAGCUGCAUCAGAUUGAGCAGCAACAGGAGGUUGUUAAAGCCAUGGACACACCCCAGAAACAGCAGCAGUUUUCACUGCAGAAGCAGUCCUCUUUACAGAUGUCAGAGUCAGAGGUGUCCACAGGAGAGACAAGUGUCACAGAGGACACAGGCAGUUACUCUGCUCCUUUUCACCCUUCCUCUGACUCCUCUCUGCCACCUCUCCAUCUAGGCACCGCUGAAACCUCCUUACCUACCCUCUCUCUCACAAUGACACCAUCCCCUGCUCAACCUUCCUCUGUGGCCGAGUCAGACAGUGAAGGCCCCCCCAAAAUUGAAUUUGUAGACAACCGCAUUAAAACUCUGGAUGAAAAGCUGAGGAACUUGCUGUAUCAGGAGUACAGCAGCGGGGCACCGUCAGCUGGGGGGGCUGCCUCUGGCCCAACAUCAGCUGCCUCCACAUCAGCCGGAGGAGACGAGUCAUCUGAGCCGCAGUCGCUCCACCUCGUGUCUUUCCCCCCACCUGCCUCCUCCUCAGAUACCUCCCCCCACUCCUCGUCCUCUACUACCUCCUCCACAACCUCCCGUUCCUCCUCCACCUCCCCUGAGCCAGAGAGAGAUGGAGGGCGAGAAGACACCUCCUCUGAGGUGCCCAACUCCACAGAGCUGGGUCCGGUGGAGCAGCAGCCCGGCCCAUCCCUACCCUCCACCUCUGCCUCGUCAACCCCGCCUACCUCUCUCCUCCCCGCCAGUCAGGAUGACUCUGCUGGGCCCCAGCGCCCACCUGUACCAGGAGAACCAACCAUUCUUGCUGUACCCCCACAGUCUGACACCAGUACCACUGGAGACGCAUCGUGGCCCCCCAAUCAGCAACCGAUCCCCCUCCGGCAUGGACAGCAGCAGCACAAUGCAGGAGGUGGAUAUUUUGGCCUAAACCUGACAUGUCCUAGUAUCAGAAAUCCUGUUAGCAAGAAAUCCUGGACUCGCAAAUUCAAAAGCUGGGCGUGCAAACUGCGCCACUCCGCCAGCUUGUUCAAGAAGCCCAGAGUCCAGCAAGAUGGACGUUCCAGCAGUCAGGCACUUAGAGAGGAGAAAGAGGUGCCACCCGUAAAUCCACCUCAGUCACGCAAAGGACGAUUUCAGGUGACUCCAGUGCCCCAGACUUCUCCCCCAAAGGAUGCGCCAUCAGGCCAUGGUAGCACUCACAGGAAAGUGGGACGCUUCUCUGUAACCCAGACCGAGACUAAGAAAGAGGAUGGGCAGACUGACAGCUCCCUGGUGUCUCCUCAUUUGGAGAGGGAGAGGAGGAGAUCCCGGGCAAAGGAAGGGGAGAAAGAUGAAAGUAAGAAGACCCCAGCAGUGGCUCAUCUGUCUCGAGGUCAUGGACAUAGCCACUCACCCCUGGGCAGCAGUGACGAUGAUGAUGAAAGCGAGCUGGAAGAUGAAGACCUGAGAAGAGAACUGCACAAACUCCGAGAGAAGCACAUCAAAGAGGUGGUAUCCCUUCAGGCCCAGCAGAACAGAGAGCUGCAGGAACUAUACAGACAGCUCCGUUCCCUCAAAGACCAGAGGCAGAGUCUGCCUGCCUCCCUUUCCCGAACCCCUCCUCUUCCCACUGCACCUCCUGUCCUCUCUCCUCGCAGGCCCAGGCCAGCCAAAAUCAAACUCCGGCCCCGGCCUCACUCUCACAUGGAUAACAACGGAGUUACGCACUCUGGGAUUCAGCAGUCAAGUAGUUUCUCAGGUGGUGAACAGAGUAGACUGCCCCUAUACUGCAACCCAGAGCACCGCCCGUCACUGCCUGCUAAAAGAGAUAACAGUCCUCUGAGAAAAAGCACAUUCACUGAUGAACUGCACAAACUUGUUGAUAAUUGGACAAAGGAGACGGUGGGCCCCGCCCCGCCCAAGCCUUCACUCAAUCAGAUCAAGCAGAUUCAACAGGUGCAGGAGUUGGGAGGCUGGAGCCAGGCGACUGAGGUGGCUCCACCAGGUUGGUUUCCAGUGGCACCACUGAACCCCCAGGCAUCCCCGACCCCUGCCAGCUUGCCUGUGGCAGCCCCUUCCCAUUACACAGGUGGAGGGAGCCUGUCCACCCUGCCCUCUCCAGGACCUCCACCACAAACGCACAUGGCUCAGAUGCCACAGAUGCAGCAAAGUUUACACCUCCAUCAGUCUCUCCCCCUCCCGCAGAUGACCUUUCAGCAGUCGCCACUCCGCCAGCAGAUACCGCAGCCGCGGAUGCAAACUCCCAUACAGUCUCAGUCGCUACCACAGACACAGCCCAUUACCCAGCUGCCCCACUCACCACCUCAAAGCCAACCGCUGCUGCCUUCCCAAAUGCCCACAUCUCCAGUGUCCACGGCCGCGUCUCUGCUGCCUGGCAGUGGUGCCACUGCAACCACAGAUAGCACUGCUGCUACUGGGGGGACAUUUUGCUCCUGUUCCUCAUCCUCUUCCACCUGUUCCUCCUCUUGCUCUACUGCUGCUCUACCUUCCAGUGCCAAAAUUCACCCAACACCCCCCACCUCGACUCUUCCUCUGGGACAGAAAUGAAACCAAGGCGAAGUGUGAGGUCAAUAUGAAGGUGCAAGAGAUGGAAACACUAAGUUGAUCAGGAAGUAAAGCAGAUCCAUUCGGAGUGUUAGUUCUGUGUAUGCAUGAGAGAGCUGUGACUGCGAUGAAUAUGUGGAUUCCAGUCUACUUCUGGAUGAGAUGGAGAGUGAAUGUGAGAGAUGAUAGAUUCUAGUAUGUACAAGACAGAGGGUAACAUGGAACACAGCAGCUAGGGUUUAUGAAUCAUGGUAUGUUUGGGUGUUGAGAUGUAUAAAUUCAUUAAUGUAUGAGUGUGUGAAUUAUGAGUGUGGGUGAGUGUUAAUGAAUUAUCCAAGUACAUAUCCCUUAUGUCCUUUAACACAAAUUAAUGUUCAUGUUUUUGUUUUCAAACCAACUCUCCACAACGGAACUCUCCCUUAGAAGAGACAAGAAGGACAAAAUAUUUGACAGUGUGUUGACAUUUUUUGUUUAAUUUGUCAAAGCUUACAGUGGAAGGACUAUCAAUUUUAAAAGUGCAAUUAGCAAUGGUCAUCUAAAUUGAUCAGCAUGUAUUGUAUUAAUUUGUCUGUAAGGCAUAAAAUAUUUUUGUAGAAGCACAUUGAUGAAAACCAGAUGCAUAGGGCAUUUUUUCAUGAUCUUUACAUGAUCUUUUAAAAGUGUAAGCCUACAGCACAAGGUGUUUCAGUGGGUAAUGAAAAAAAAAUUAAACAGCAUGUUACAGAGUAGAGCACGGUUAAGUUAUCUGACUACCAUCAUUACCACAAUACGACCAAAUACAUUGUUGCAGUGUUGUGCACCUUACAGCAUGUGCUUAAUUUGUAUUAUUUUAUGUUUGUAACAUAGAAGCAGUCUGAAUUACCAUGAGUGAUAUGAUAUGAAUUCAGAUGAUUUCUUAAUAUGAUGGCAAAUUGAAAUAUGCCAUAUAUGUUCAGUGGAUACCUGGGUAGACUCAGCCCAAGACUGCAUGACCUUAUGACUAACUUGACUUGCCUGAGUGCAAACUGCUUGCACUUGCUGUAUAUUCAUGAAUCUCACAUUUACUGUUUGCAGCCUACUGAGAUGAUUAAUCAGUCAUGAGUAAAUUUGCUUUCAGUAUGACAUGCUUCCACAUUUGACAUUUGUGCUUUCAGUUUGAGCUCUGCAUAUCAAAUUAUAUCACAGUGUCAUGCUGAGGAAAAGGAGGACAAAAAAAAAAGAAAAAAAAAACUGCCAAGUUAUUACAGACUGGGGAGACCAUAUGGGUUAUUCCCAUAUUGCCUUUUAAAAUUACUACAUUUUUUGUGAGUGUGUGAGUGUAUAUUUUUUCUGUGUGACAAAAGCUUUGUGAUAGUCCCAUGGUAUAUUGCAUUAUAAACUGCAUCCCUGUUUCUUUCAUUCAAAGCGGCCUCUCAAAUGUCACUGUACCCAACUGAAAAUGUUUACUCUGCUUGUGUCAUGGGCUUGUUUCCUCAAGAAACAAAAACAAGCGAGAGGUUCGACCAUAUACCAGUUGUAAGUUUGAUGUCCAACGCUGUUGUGGGGUCCUCACUUGCCUAUUUGUCAACUUUCUUUGGCGUUGUACAAAUUCCUUAUUUCAAUUGUUAACUAUUUAGUCUUCAACCAUAGGCUGUCAGUGGGACCGCACCUGUCAGAAGCUGAUGUGCUUUAUGCACACUGCAAAAGGUUUAAUCAAGUCAAAAAUGCUCCAUUCCUCUAUUUCUAAACUCACAUCAUUUGUAGAGAUACGCAGAGUAAUAUAUCUUCAGCAGAUAUAUUACUGUACAUUUUCUUUGGCUGUCAGUGCACUUAGCCAUACACACAUUUGACUAUUAAUGGUCAGGCGUUAAUCAUUUUGGCAUAAUAAUUAGCCUGUAGUCAAAGCAGCAUUUCUGUUUUAAUAAUGAUAGAGAGAUUGCGUGCCACAGAAAACUCAGAAAACAGAAGAUUGUACAUGUUGUUAAAGACUGCUAAAUGUGAGUCAAAGAAAUUUUAAUCAUCAAUGGUUAAGGAAGACUAGUUUGUGCUAAAGGGUAUGGUUGUUCAAAAACUGCAAAUGCAUAAUCUAGAGUAUAACACUGGUUUUCUGUAUUUGUUGCUUUUCAAGACAACCCACAUUUUCACAGAGAUGUAGUUCAUUAUUAGUGAAGGUGAGAUACUGUGCUGUCAUGUCUGAUACUAACAUGUUGACUGCAAGCUACAGCUCAACGAUCAUGAUUCAUGAUGUGGAGCUGGCUUUGUCCUUGAAGUGUUACCAAAAUGUUAUCUAAAAGAUAAAGAUUAUUUUUGUAUUUUGAAAUGGGGUUGUACAAAUUGUAAAAUUGUGUUCUCAUCAUUAUAAAUCAGAGGUUAUUUGAAGCUAGAAAACACUGGUUUUCAUCCCUGUUUACAUGGGACUCCCCUGCCUUGAUAUACCUCUCUGAGUCCUGACAGACCAGGGUCAUUUAAGAUUAUAUUCAGAGAAUUCUUGGUCAUUUUUGACAUCUUAUUUCCGUUUUAAACUGUAAAAACCAGGAUGAUCCAUAAUAGAAUGACAUUAGCAACUUCCUGGGCUGCAAGUCAAACCUAAUAAACUUCCAAAUUAAUGCAACAAAAACCUGGGGAGUCCCAAAUGGCAUGACUGAGAACCAAUAAUAAAAGAACAUUUGGGCAAAAAAACCUAGAAAAAUAAGGUAUGUUGCUGGUGAUUUAGCCUCUGUAAAUUGUAACUAAUUCAACUGUUGAUUUUAUUUAUGUUUUGUAACUAAUCAAAAUAAAUGAUGUCAAACAUCAAAUUA